AUGUCGCCGCCGCCGUCGCCCCUCGCGUUCCACGCGGUGGUGUUCACCAACCUCACCGAGAGCGGCGGCCGGCUGCAGCUGAUCGACCUCUACUACGACUGGCCCGGGGACCGCAACCUCAACCUCAUCCGGGACCAGCUCUCCGGCGACCCGCUCUACGACGUCGAGUGGACCAACGGCACCUCCUACUUCUUCGACUCCGCGUCCUGCCACAGCAGGCUGUUCCCCGUGGGGCUCCUGCCGCCCGACUGGCUCGCCGCCGGCGCCGUCUACCUCGGCCGCGAGCACGUCGACGGCUUCGACUGCCACCUCUGGACCAAGGUCGACUUCGUCUGUUUCAGUUUCUUCACUUAUGCAGUACGUGGUUUAUGCAGCAGUGUGAAUGAUGAUCAGUGUUCUUGUUCCCCAGGGAUGCAGCAGCAUGUGAUGAGCUUUGAGGUGGGAGGAGUGCUGGAAGACUCCAAGUGGCAGGCGCCCGCUUACUGCUUCAAUGGCGGCGAUGCCGGCACCGCCAAUGUGGAUGCGGUUGGAGUUGAUAGUGAUGCCAGUAGAUCCGGUAGGGUUGAUGUGAUGAACAGCCUGAUCAGGUUGGCCGGGGCUCCAGCUGCAGCUGUAGCUGCAUCAUUUGACCAGUGA